UUAUUUUUGGCAAUUCAAAGGUCUUAUUCCUACUACAUUGAGGUGUCCAUGGACGAGCUAGACUGGAUCAGAGUGAUUGAUCACUCGAAAUAUCUUUGUCGGUCCUGGCAGAAGCUGUACUUUCCUGCCCGUGUCUGCAGGUACAUCCGAAUAGUUGGUACCCACAACACAGUGAACAAAGUUUUCCAUAUUGUGGCAUUUGAAUGCAUGUUUACCAACAAAACCUUCACUCUUGAGAGAGGUCUUAUAGUUCCCACUGAGAAUGUUGCAACAAUUGCAGAUUGUGCCAGUGUGAUUGAGGGUGUGAGUCGAAGUCGUAAUGCCUUGCUGAAUGGAGAUACAAAGAAUUAUGACUGGGAUUCUGGAUACACAUGUCAUCAGCUAGGCAGUGGUGCUAUUGUGGUACAGCUAGCGCAGCCAUACAUGAUUGGAUCUAUACGGUUACUUCUCUGGGAUUGUGAUGAUCGGAGCUAUAGUUACUACAUUGAGGUUUCCACUAAUCAGCAGCAAUGGACCAUGGUGGCUGAUAGAACAAAAGUUUCCUGCAAAUCUUGGCAAGCAAUAACUUUUGACAGACAACCUGCAUCCUUCAUCAGAAUAGUUGGAACUCACAACACAGCUAAUGAGGUGUUUCACUGUGUGCAUUUUGAGUGUCCAGCACAAAACAAUGCUCCCAAGGAAGAGGGUAACAAGGAAGUGUCAACAACAGAACUGGGUACUGGCACACAACAGCUUGUUUCUCGCCCAGUCCGAGCCUCAAGCACCAGUUCUCUGCACUCCCUCACUGGAUCCACCUCACGUACACAUGCUCACCAACCAUGAAGGAGAGUGGAAAGGAGCUUUUGCCGUCUCCAUGAUGCUAUAUAAAAAUAUUCACAACCUUCUUCUACAGGCACCUUUUUUCAUGUUCUCUCUGUGAACAAAGGGGACCAUGCCUGGCAGCAGGAAAUGCUGAAAUGGAAAAGGCUUUCCAAGGACACAAAGGGGCUGCUGCACUCUCCUCAAUUUGCUCAAAUCAGGCUGGUCUCUGAGGGGGGGGGAGGGAGAGGGAGAGGAAGAUAGGUCUUCAAUCUAUAUCAACUCCUCCAUUAACACCCUACCUCUCUAAUCUAACCAAGGAAAGGAGAAUGGAAGGAAAUAAAAGGCAGAGCCAUGUAUGAAUACAAAAAUGGCAUAUAAACAGUGACUAGAAGGAAUAUAAAUUCAGCAUUUGUUAUCUGAAGGCACCUAUUAGGAAAUAGAAUGUUUAUCUUUAUGGCAUCAAUAUGGAAAAUAGAUUUUUUUUUUAUUUUUUUAAAUUAUUCUUAAUCCAUAUUAUUUUGUACAUGAUAAGAUGUUUUCUAAAUCAUUAAUGGCUGGGUCUCCAACUUCUCCCUUAUUUUUGGCUGUAGCACAUGCAGUGCAAUAGAUUAUGAAAGUAACAAGCAUGUAUUUCACCUGAUAUGACAAAGAAAAAACCCUCAUGAUAAAAACUAAUCAAUUCAUGAAUGUUGUCUUUAAUUCUGACUUUUCUUGAAUUGUUGAGUUAUGAAACUGUCAUUUCUUAUCAAUGAUCCAGCUGGAAAAUUCCCUGUCAAGCUUCCAACCUGACAAACAUAAUUCUGCUUAAUUUGAAGAUGACUUUUCAAGUUUUACUUAAACUUCUACAAAAAUUAUUGUAAUUUGUCAAAAAUUUUUGUUGGUGUUUAGAAAAGCAGAAUUACAACCAAGCACUGACAUGCUGCUGUUCAGACUCAGCAAUCCAAAAAUGAGAAUUUGCAGUCACAUUUUUUAAAACAAAAUAAUAGACGACAGUGUUCAAGUAGUGAUUUUAAAAGCCACUUAUAAUUUUCUCUCAUAAUCUUUAUGGGAAAGAUUUAGUUUGACUAUUAUAGUUUGAUCUGACUCUUUAUUGGUUCUUGCUUUAGUAAUUUACAUCUCAGUGUUUGCUGCCCUUUUGUAACUUGAUCAGAUUACCUGUUUCUUUUUCUUAUCUUGAGCAUUUUCACAUUGUGAUCAUGCUGGAUUCUGUCCAUGUCACUUAGCAAAAGCUCCCCAUCUCGCUGUGCUUGGCAGUAUCGGAAGAAGAGGUUCUGCUUUUAAAAACAAUAUUGAUGCAAUUGGCAAAAAUAACUAGGAAAUGUUGAUAUUUCUUAUGAAGUAUAUGACCUUUGGAGUAUCUACUAUCCAAGUUUAUUGACAUGGAUUUUUUUUUCUGUUGGCUUAAUGUACCUUUGCCAGAAAAAAACAAGAUGACAAGUCAAAGUUAGUCAAGUUAAAUAUUAAUUUCUUCUGCUUGAACAUAAUGAUGUAAUGAGUUAUAUAUCAAUCUAUCACACUGCUUAACCUGAAAGAUUUUCAUUCUGAAUACCAGAUGGGCUAAAAGCAUGAAGGAACAAGUAUCAUGGUGGCUACAAAACAACAGAGACCUGACAGAGAAGAAAAUAAAUACUUCCUCUUUUUGAAAUAUUUUCUGUAAAGUUGAAUAACUUUGACAAUUUUACCCCCCCCCCUUAUCACCAGACCCAAUUUCAGUCUUUCUUAUAUUAACCCUGAAUUCUCUCCCCAAGCCCUUUGCUCUCUUUUCCUGAAACAAUAAGUGCUCAUUGGAGAUGCCUGGACAUUACAUGUUACAUUUUAUUAGGUAUCAUGUCUACCCCAUAGUGUUUAGCAGAAGUGCUUUGCACUAGACUGAUUAGCUGAUUAGCGGGUUCAUUUGGCAACUCCUAACAUAGUGAAAUUCAGACUAAAUAUUGGAUCCAGAGCUCUUUGAUUAACUUCAUGUACAAAUGUAGAAAUUUUUUAGACUAAACUUUUCUUUAAAAAAGUACAAACAAAUAUCCCAUGACAACUGUAAUCUUUCCUUGACCUAUUGAGUUGCAUGGAGCCUGCCUUGUCUUUCUUAGGUUCAUCCUUCAAUGUCAGAGUUGAUGACAUUGGCAGGAGACUACAAAUAAGUUAACAACUAAUUUCACCAUUCUCAGACUGUGUAUAAACAAAUUACAUUGUUUUCUGGAUUUGUUAGCUCCAAUUGCCACCAUUGUAGGGCGUGCUGUAAUAUAAGAAUGAAACAGAUUUGUACCAAUUGUCCGGGGUAUAGACUCUCACAGGCAAAGUGUAUGGCUUUGAAUAUAUACUUCCCAGACGAGGACAAUUAUACUGUAGAAUAUAGCUAAGCCAAAAAAAUAUUCUUUAGAAGCCAUCAGUCUAUAUCCCUCAUUCUAUCAUUCUCUCUGAACUUGCCCUCUGAGGCCUCAUGAAUCAAAAAUAUCGAUAUAUGCUAGAUUUCGUAUUACCUCUACAAGCCAUCCAAGGCAUCUGUUCAUCCCGUUCUAGGACAUAAAGAAUUUGAAAAUUAAUCUGUAGCAGAGAACAUGUGAGAGAGAUUCUCAAAACACAGAGCAACAGGACCUCCUCUAGAACUUUUAAUAUCCAAGGGUACGUCUACACUACAGAAGUUUGAAGCUGCCGCUGCCAAUCUUCUAGGGUUCAAAUUAGUGGUCUAGUUAAGACAGCUAAUUCAAAGUGAGAGGAGCACUGUGGUCAAUUCCACUAACCCUGCUUUCAUGAGGGGCAAAGGAAGUAGAAGGAAAAGUGUUCUCCCUUCGACUUCCUGCAAUGUAGACAGCUCCAAAAGCCGAGUUAAGCUACUUCGACUUCAGCUACACAAUUAAUGUAACUGAAGUUGCGUAUCUUAAUUCGACUUUGUUUUGUAGUCUAGACAUCCCCAAGAAAAUUAUUUGUCAGCCAAAGCUCAGGUAAAUCAACUUAUCCUUCCUCACAAACAAAUAGGAAUUUUUUAACAUUAUGAUUCCCAGUCACAUCAUGCCUCUUUCACACACCCGUUAGUCCCCUAUAACAAUUAUUUGUGCUUUGAAUCGGUUUCUGAAGUGAAUUAUUAUAUCUGUGUCAGCACAGAAUUUUAAAAUCUAUACAAGCCAAAAUAAACCCACCAUUUUCCAUUUCAUGCUUUGAGUAUUUUAGUCUUGUAUAAGAAGGAUAAUGUUAAUGGUUUGGGAGUAAUAUGUUAUUGAGCAUCUCGUUUAUGCUCAGUCUUUAAAAACCCAUAAAAUCUAUUUAUUACCUGGUAUGCUCUUUUGCCAUGAACAUUCUCUUUCUCAUAUAAUGUGCCAAGUGGUAAGGCAGGAAGAGAAUUGCACACAGAAUUCAUUUAUAUUUUGGUAUAAACGUCCUUAGCUUUUUCCAAUUUUUAUAGGAUUUUCUUUAUUGUGGGAUUGCUCCUUAAUUGAAUUCUGAUAUUUAUGUAUGUUUUUUGUCAAUCCUGCUAAGAGUUUAUAGCUUGUUUCCUGAUGGAAAGAACUAAAAACAUAGUUGAGUUGUUAAGAUGUACCACGAAAAUUGAGAUCCUUCAGGAUGAUGGGAGAUACAUCUAUAUCGAUACUGAUAUAGUUAUUCUGUACUAUUUACCAGAUAUGUAUAUUUUAUCUGUGACAGAGAGAGAAUAAGAAUGGCCAGAUGUUCUCUUGUCUCUUGUCAGACUGUGAAGAGUUUUUUUGUUAGAUCUUUAUGCUAAUAGCAUUUGUUUAUAUUCUCAUUAUAGAAACAUUAUUUCUAGUUAGCACUUAAAUGGACACUGACAUUAAAAUGAUAAACUCCAUCCUCUGAUUUUCCCUAUUCUUUUUCAUUUCCUCCAUUUUCUCUCAAUGCUAGCAUCAGUUUAGACUAGCAUUAAGUUCAUGUAGUGCUAUACAGAGUUACCUUUAGAGUUUCCUUUUAAUUGUCUGUUUCUUCCAAAUACAUUAAAAAUGCUUUUAUUCCCAGAAAUGUCUGGCACCAAACCAUAUUUUCAGCAUGAAUAGGCUGUAUUUGUAAAACUGAUUUCUCUGGGAAAAUGAGUUUUUGAAUUGAGUAAAAAUUGCUCAGUUCUGUUUUCCAAACCAUUGUCAAACAACCCUUACAACAAGUUACUGAAAGAUCAGUUUAGACUUUCUUUAAUUUAAAAAACAAGAAAAAUAUCAUUUUGACUUUCUCUAGCAAAGGAAACUAGUGUAUCACUGAAAUAAGUAUUUUUAUUUUUCCACGGAGGGAUAUUUGGUAAUGCUGAGGCACAGUUUCCCAUUUCAUGAGACUUCAAUUAAGAAGUUCCUUUUGACAAUAAAGCAAAGUGGUAUUAAGCAAGAAAAUUAUUAUUAUUUUCUUCCAGGAAUUUGUAGUGUGUAUUUUUUAUUUUUGUUAUCUUCUACAAAAGUAACAUGUUCAGUUUGAAUUAUAACACAACAAGUGAAUCCGUUUGAUGUGAGAGGGUUAGUACAGAGGUGAAAUUACCCUUUCUCAUGUAGAGAGAACUUAAUGCUUCAGUGCAGUUUGCUUCCUCUGGAGCUCAUUUAUUUCUCUUUUUUCAGCAAUGGAUUCUGCAUGUUUGUCCUGAUCACAAUUCCCACCAGAAUUCAUUGCUUAUUAGUGGUGUGGAAAAUUAAAAUGCAGUUAAUAUAUCUUCACCGUAAUGUAUUUUUAUUAUAACAUUAAAUUAGAAAUUUUUUUUGUCUGGCAUCUGCCUUUUGAGUGGAUGGUAGGUUCUCCUCACAGAGGAAGAAGGUGAAAGAUCAUGAUUAAGGCCCUACUUGCAUUUUGAGAUGGUUAUCCAAUAAUUGCAGUUGAGUUGUGGGCAAGACAUGGAAAAUUGCGGAAACGUGAUAAUGGAACUCUAUUGUUUAUGAUGAUUUGGAAAACCUGCUCCUUCUAUUAGCCAUGCGUGGGAUUGACAGCAGAAGCUCUCACUGUCAGCCACCAGGCUGAUGGAUGGGGCUCUCAUUGUCCACCGACUAAACGAGCUGUGGAGGGCAGGACUCCUGCUUUCAGGUGCCUAUCUGAGGGCUGGGUUCCUACUGUCAGCUGCUGGACUGACAAAAUUGUGGAGGAACUCUAAUGUUGCAGAAUCCACAGUUCCUGCAGUAUCACAAGUUAAAUAGGCCCUUAAUCACAAUGUUGGUUAUUCAAUCCUGUAGGUUAAAAAAAAUCAUAUUUUCAGGAUUUCUUCAAUUGAUAGAAUGCAGAGCCACAAUGAAUGCAGAGACUAGAAGGUACAGUUACUAGAAUUUAUUAUUAGAUUGUUAGAUAGAGAACUUGUCCUGUUUGGCCCACAUGAAUGCUAUGCCUUGCCUACCAAAGAAUAUAAAAUAUGGAAUUAGAGUAGACUGACUCCGUUUUCUUAACUUUCCUAGCAAAUGGAAAUUUUGUAAUUGUUUUCAAUUUAAGGAAGUAUUGUUGUCAAGUUUUCAGGGUGCUCAGAUAUGAUUGGUGUGAGUUUGGAAUAAAUGUCGUAGUCAUGGUUGUAGCUAGUGGGGAAACAUCACAGCUGAUAGGAAUAACAGUCCUGUGUGAGCAUAAAUUCAAAUUAGGAGCCAUAAUGCGAAGACGUAUUUUAGAAACAUUAAUAUAUGGGUUUCAGAGUCUCUGGCCUGGUUAUCCACUGCCUCCAAAUUAUGUAUUUAUUAAUGAUUUAUCUAAACUACAGUCUUGAUCUUGCAUCUCAAGUUAAUUAAUUGCCUGCACAUUUUAAUCUAAUUAACACAAUUGUAAAUUGCUCUGGUAGUAUAGCCUUAGCAGUCCAAGUAUAUUAAAGAGACAAUAUGGGGGAGGUAAUUUCUUUUACAGAACAAUUUCUGUUUGUGAGAGACAAGUUUUAGAGCUGCAUAGAGUUCUACCAGAAGAAGAGCUCUGUAUAGUCAAAAGCUUAUGUCUUUUACCAACAGCAGUUGGUCCAGUAAAAGAUAUUACUUCACCCAUCUUUUUAGACCAUUGUAAAUGUUAUCUGGACACUCUUCAGACCUGUGUUCUCAGAUGUAAAUGUUUGUUUCUUGUCCCAGUCUCUCAGUGUAUCCUACAAUACAAACGUGUUUGUGGAGGAAGGAGUGUAAACAAGCAUUUAAAAUGUUGUUUGUGAAUUUGGGCUGACUGGUAAAUUGAUUAACUUGAGUUACAACAGUACCAGGUACUCUUGUCUAGAUGAGGCCUUACACCUGUGCAAAAAUAUAUAAAAUACAUCAUUCAGAUUUGGUAGUAUAUUGCACCCUUUUUAUAGCCACUUAAAACUGAUGUAGAUUCUACACAAGGUGUGAAAUAGUGGACAUUCAGUCUCAGGGUGUUCAUGUUGUGCCCAGUUGAGGGAUGUUUGUAAUUUGGAUGAAUGUUAUAUGCAUAUGUGGCGGGGUAGCCCCGCCCCUCCCGGAAACCGCCGGGACGCCGCAACCACGGGGGAAG